AUGAAGGAAGUGUCCUUAAAAUGGGUUGAGCAACUAGAAGCUGGGGAAGUGCACAUUAAAACAAAUGUAAAGGAAAUAAGAGGCACCACAUUAUCUAUCUUGUCUGGCCCUGAAGGUCAUUAUAAUAAUACAAUUAGAUUGUUAUCUGAAAAUAGACAACAUCCUGAAGAAACAAAAGAUCGUAUAAAAGAACUUUUAAGGGAGAAUGCAAAAUUAAAAUGCUUCAUGAAUGAGAUAUUUUCACUCAAACUAGCCAUUUCAACAGAUCCUGAAAAUUUAAAAAAUAAUGUAAUAAAAUUAUUAGUUGAGAAUAAACAAUUUACUAAAGAUGAUGAAAAUUAUUAUGAGAAAAUUCAAAUUAAACAUGAGCAAUUUAUGAUGAUGUUUGAAAAAUAUUUAACCUUUGCAAAUAAGAAAUCUAAAGAAAUUACACUCAUUGAAGUAUUAGAAAAUUUUUUAAAAGUACUAUCUGAAAAUGAAGAAUUUUCUGCUGAAGAAAAAACCUCAUUCAAAAAAUCAUAA